GGGUGCCGCCCUCAAAUAGGGCCCGGCGGGCGGCGCCGGGGAGCGCAGCAGCCGCCGCCCCGCGGCCAUGCCCGGCCCCGCCGCUCCCCGCAGCCUGGCCGCCGCCGCCCCCGCCGGCAAAGCCAAGCUCACCCACCCUGGCAAGGCCAUCCUGGCAGGUGGCCUGGCUGGAGGGAUUGAGAUCUGCAUCACAUUCCCCACCGAGUAUGUGAAGACACAGCUGCAGCUGGAUGAAAAGGCAAACCCUCCCCGCUACAAGGGUAUCGGAGACUGCGUGAAGCAGACGGUCCGUGACCAUGGCAUCCGAGGGCUGUACCGGGGACUCAGCUCGCUGGUAUACGGCUCCAUCCCCAAAGCCGCUGUCAGGUUCGGGAUGUUCGAGUUCCUCAGCAACCAGAUGAGAGAUGAGAAAGGGCGGCUGGACAGCACACGGGGCCUUAUCUGCGGGCUGGGCGCUGGCGUGGCCGAGGCUGUGGUGGUGGUCUGCCCCAUGGAGACCAUAAAGGUGAAGUUUAUCCAUGACCAGUGCUCCCCCAAGCCCAAAUACCGCGGCUUCUUCCAUGGUGUUCGGGAGAUUGUUCGGGAACAGGGACUGAAGGGGACCUACCAAGGCUUAACUGCAACUGUCCUCAAGCAAGGAUCAAACCAGGCCAUCCGCUUCUUCGUCAUGACCUCACUCAAGAACUGGUAUAAAGGGGAUGAUCCCAACAAGGUCAUCAACCCCUUUGUCACGGGGGUGUUUGGAGCCCUUGCUGGAGCUGCAAGUGUCUUCGGCAACACCCCCUUGGACGUGGUGAAGACCAGGAUGCAGGGGCUGGAAGCGCACAAGUACAAGAGCACCUGGGACUGUGCCUACCAGAUCAUGAAAUAUGAAGGGCCUCUGGCGUUUUACAAGGGUACAGUCCCUCGCCUGGGCCGUGUCUGCCUCGACGUCGCCAUCGUCUUCGUCAUCUACGAUGAGGUGGUCAAGUUCCUCAACAAAGUGUGGAAAACGGACUGAGAGGAGUGGGCCGGGGCGGUGUCCCCCUCCCUCGCCCCGUGGGGCUGCUUCUGGAGAGCCGUGACCAAGCCUGCAGCUGCCUGACGGCGCUGCCCGGAGCCAAGUCUGCCCCAUGCGCGUGCCCUCCCAAACCCAGCCACUUUCACAACUAGGAACAGGCUCUGGAGCAGGUUAAAUUACCAAUUGUGUGCUGAAAGGACCUGGGAGCAAGCAGCCUCCCAGCAUCCCAGUUAUGCCCACCCCAAUCCCCUGGUGACACUUCCCCGUGGUCCUGCAUCACCUGUAAGGUUAUCCAGGGUGAGGUAUCAACUGGGAUGGUGGCCGUGCACCCCUGGGGACCCUAGCAGACAAGAGCUGCUGGCUGCCCAGGGGCCAGCACUUUUUGAGGGUGCUGAGAGGCCCCCAGAGCCAUGUGGGUGCAGUGACCAAGCUGUGUAUCAGACACUGUGGCUGGUAGAGGCUCUUCAGGCCGACACUGCCUGCUGGGAGCUACGUACCAGGUCUCUCAGUGGCUCCUGGGGGGCCCCCAGCCUUGCACCCACCUGGGAUGGGAGGGCAGCCGCCCACUGAUGUGGCCCCAGGCUCCCUCCUCUCUGCUCGCACUGACGCCCCUUGGGGUGAAUUAUCCCAGCGUCAGCUCCUGUACUGCUCAAAAUUGCACAUGUAGCCAGACCUUUAGUUUUUGCCAUGGGGCCAGGAUUGGUGUGAGCCAGAUGCCCCCAUUGCUGCUUCCCGUUUACAAUCAAGAUGCAUGUGCCAGCUGGGAUGGGGAGACACAGCCCAAUGCUGCAGACUUGGCCCCUUGACCAGGGGUGCAAACCCCUUCUUCUGCCACAUUCCCCGUUUGCCCUCUAACCGCUUUGCUGCAGCCCUGUAGGUAAUCCCAUAGCUUUCAGAACUUCACACUGACCCACUAACACUCAUGACUAUGGGGAUGGGGCCCUGCCUUCCCCUGCACAGGGCUCGGCCCCACCUCAUUUGUGCCAAACUUCCUGCAAAGAAGCUGUGGAGGUGCGGGAGCCAGGGCUCGCCCCAUCCCUCCUCCCUCCCAUCACCAAUGACAAAUGCAGCCUUAACAUGGGGGGGUUGAAGGAGGAGAAGGGAAGCCUGGGGUUGGUUUACCUGCAGCUUGCUGCUCUGAAGCCAGUGAGGGCUGGGUUGUUUUUUCG